AUGAAUCUUACAGUUAAUAUCAAAUGUAAAGUAUGUGGAAGAUUUGAAUCAACAUCGAUUGAAGAGUUUAGAUUACAUGGGAUCAAUACCGUCGAUUGCAAACUACUUUGGAGUCUCUCAUCAUCUGAUCGACAAGUUAUAAUGUAUCUUGGUGAUAAUGUUGAAAUCGUGUGUACAUCAGAGGGUCUCAGGGUUGCUGCAUUAAAAGGUAGAUUAGAUGUCAUUCAAUAUCUCAACAAAGGAUUUCCAUACUCUGAUAUUUGGGAUGACGAUAUCAUGGCAAUUGCUGCAGAGAGAAACCAGUUGGAUGUCGUCAAGGUAAAAUCAUUGACUCUGAACCAGUCCACUGCAGUCCUUUACAAAGAUGCAGCCACAAGUCUAGUCAAGAAGGGAAUACUCAUUCAUGGUAAAGAUUAUAGAUUCCCUUCUCCACUCUACCACAAGAUCUAUAUUAAUGCAAGAAGACCCUAUAUAUACAAACGUUUAGAUCUUCCAUUGGCUUGUUGUUUAAGCGUUUGUAUUUGGUGCUGUUAG